AUGACCUGGAGCAUGGCUUGGCUUUUCCUGGCGCUGGCAGCCUGCAUGCAUUCCGCUGGUUUCGCAGUACGCGGCAGUCAUGUCGAGGUUGGAGCUGUCCUCGCCCAGUCGCUGCGCGAGCUGUACUUGCCGACCACGUACCCCCAGGGCGGUGUGGCGACUAACGACGCAUCCAAGUGGAUCAUACUUUCCAAGGACGUGGAUUCUGGAGAGGAUCCCGACAAGUACGCCUCUUGCUUCCUCGCUGGCAGCUCCCAGUUCCAGCAGGCUACGGGGCCGGAGAGAUGA